AUGAAGAAAGAGAAUUACACUUUGGUGAGUGAGUUCAUUUUUCAGGGUUUCUCCAACUUCUGUGAGCAACAACUUACACUCUUUGCUGUGUUCCUUACACUGUACAUACUAACCGUGGCAGGAAAUGCCAUCAUUGUGACUAUCAUUAGCCUUGAUCAUCACGUCCACACCCCCAUGUACUUCUUCCUCAGUGUGCUGUCAGCUUCAGAGACUGUGUACACGUUUGUCAUUAUACCAAGGAUGCUCUUAAACCUUAUAAGCCUGAGUCAGCCCAUCUCCUUGGCUGGUUGUGCCACUCAGAUGUUCUUCUUCAUUACUUUGGCCAUCAACAACUGUUUCCUGCUCACAGCAAUGGGGUAUGACCGCUAUGUGGCUAUUUGCAACCCUCUGAGAUAUUCACUCAUCAUGGGCAAGAGAGUAUGCUUCCAGCUGGUGGGGGGAGCCUGCAGCAUAGGCCUCAUUAUAGCAAUGACACAAGUGUUAGCUGUGUUCAGGCUACCUUUCUGUACCACCAAAGUGGCCCACUUUUUCUGUGACAUCCGACCUGUUAUGAAGCUUUCCUGUAUUGACACCACUGCCAAUGAGAUCCUAACUUUGAUCAUUAGUGUGUUGGUGAUCUUGAUUCCCAUGGGCUUGGUUUUCAUCUCUUACGUUCUCAUUAUAUCCACCAUCCUCAAGAUAGCCUCUGCUGAGGGCAGGAAGAAGGCCUUUGCCACUUGUGCAUCCCAUAUCACUGUGGUUAUCAUCCACUAUGGCUGUGCCUCCAUUGCCUACCUCAAGCCUAAGUCAGAGAACACUAGGAAUGAGGAUCAGCUGAUUUCUGUGACCUAUACUGUUAUCACUCCCCUCCUGAACCCUGUGGUGUACACUCUGAGAAACAAAGAGGUCAGGGAUGCUCUGUGCAGGGCAAUAGGCCGAAAACUCUCCUGA